AUGAAACUUAACUUUUCAGAAAAGUCUCUGCCCUUUCUGACAGAUGCGCUGAGCUGCUGCUCGGGAGUGAGAGACUGUCCUCACGCCCACCGCGCUCCCUCGACGGCCGAGCCUGCUCGCUCGCCCGUCGGAGCGUCCCGGCCGAGCAACCCUGAGGGGGGAGGGGAGGCCAUUUUGUCCCGACCGACUCCCCGGAACCGGGCGGAGCGGCUGGGAGAGGCUGCGGAGCAGCGGUCGCCGCCCUCGGAGGCACCGGACGCCGCCACCGUCGGGGCUUCCUCGACGAGGCAGUUCCUAGGUCACCCGCGCCCUCUCGAGCUGUCCUUUUUCUCACGCUUCCCCCUGGUCCUCCGGCCUGAGAACGCCCGGGCGAGGAGGAGUUGGCCGUAG